UGCGAGCUAGCUGGAGGGAAGCCACGAUGCCAUGGAUCCAGACGCUUAUCUCAAGAAACACCACCUGCUUACCUACGUAGAGGACGCUGUGUGCCUGCUCUUGGCACGCAAAGACGAAGACCCCAAAACUAAACCGUUUCAGCUUCUCGCCGGCUACUUCAAAAGUGUCCUGGAUGACUCCCAAGUUGUCUUUCGAGAGUACAACUUCAUCUCUUCCACACCUCGCAACAGAAAGGCCUUUGUUAGACUUAUCUGGCAGACAUACAGCGGCGUACCAGAGGCUAGAGAGCCCAUGAGGCUGGCUGAGCUACACUCGCUCGUCCGACUCCUCUGUGCUGAUUUUCCUCUCGGGGAAACGGAAAAGGUGGCACUGCAUGAACACAGCGGAGCUGGAGGAAUCUUAUCUUUCCCAGACUUUAUGUACACGUUUCAAAUAACCUUUUACUUUGACUGUUUCCUGGGACACCUCAAGUCCAUGUUGCCAGGUCUACUAACUGGUGCCUACAUCCCGCCACUAUAUGGCCAGUUCACAGCAGUGGUGGUACCUCUCCCUCCUGCACCAAAUAACACAUCUUCAAACAGUCCUUCCAGCACUUCGAAAUCCAUCCAUGGUGUGGAGACUGAGGCCAAUGAAGCUAAAGUAUGCAGCAGGACUGUUGAAGGUGGUGUAUUCCUUGAGGCAGCGUUGGGACUGUGUCGUAGAAUGGGGGAGAGAGAGCCAGGACAGAGCUACCCAAGCCAAGAAGCCUUGAAGGAGGUGCUGAGUGGGGUAGAGCAGCUAUCACUCAAUGAGUUCGUAGUAAAACUCUCACUGAGUGAGACUAUCAACAGAGAGAUUGGAGUGCUACCUGUCUGCAAACGGAUUUGA